UCUUGUUUCGGUUUCGCCGGUGCUCGCCGCGUCUGGCCGGGUGCGAACGAGAAAUUCGUGCGCCAGCUUUUCUUCGCGCAGUUGCUUCUCCGCGGUCGUCGUACGAACAACCAACCCUUUUGUCGGCCAACUGCCGCUCUCCCAAGUCGACAUGGGCAACCCGCCGUUCCCUUUCUUCAAGAAGUUCGUCACCACAAAUCAAGCCGUCAGAGAGUUCCUGGCGGAGUUCUUCGGCACCUUCAUACUCUACAUCUUCGGCGGCGCGUCCUUCGCCCACUACCUCUUCACCGACAACAAAGAUGUGUUUGCGGUCACAUUCUGCUGGGGCAUCGGAGUCAUGCUGGGCAUCCAGACUGGCGCCGGAGUGUCCGGGGGUCACGUGAACCCGAUCGUGACGACGUCUUUCGCGAGCGUCGGGAAGCUUCCCUGGCGGAAGGUGCCUCACUAUCUUCUGGGACAGCACCUGGGAGCCUUCCUGGCGGCUGCCAUCCUCUACUUCAACUACAUCGAUCUUCUGGACAAAUUUGAUGGUGGUGCCAGACAGAUCUUCGGAACUAACGGCACGGGAAUCCUACUGAGCACGUACCCUCAUCCUGACGUUCACCUCUCCGUCUGCGUCUUCGACACCAUCAUCUGCUCGGGCCUGCUCAUGUUCACCAUCAUGGUGAUCCUGGACGACCGCAACGCGAACACGACCAAGGGCAUGCACGCCUUCCUCAUCGGCAUCAUGGUGGUGGCUCUCUGCUGGGCCUUCGGCUCCAACUGCAUGGCCGCCGUCAACCCCGCCAGGGACUUCCCGCCCAGGGUGCUCAGCGCCCUGGUCGGAUACGGCGCCGAGACCUUCUCCUACCGUCAGUUCUGGUGGAUCCCUCUGUUCGUGCCCCACCUGGGCGGUUUCAUCGGCACCUGGCUCUACGUGCUCUUCGUGGGAAUGCACAUACCCAAGCCGCGGAGGGACGGCGACGAGAAGGAAGUGGUCAACCUGCUGCCUCUCGCACCCCGGGCAGAUAAAACAUCUCCUUGAAGCUGGGAUAGGAAAUCCUCAAGACAGACUCUGCAUAGUCAUCAAGUUCAUUAUCAACGCAGACGUCAUGACGUCAAAGUUUAUUAUAUUUGCAGUCAGAUAAUGGCAAAGUAAAAUCGUUCAUAAGUCAUCAAAUGCUAGCUGCAAGAACACACGUUUUAUUUGUUGAAAUCCGCGAAAAAAACAGGAAAAAUCCAAGAACUGAGUGUACAGUUUUUAGCAUUCUUUUCUUUUUCCUCUUUUUUUAAUUAGCAAGACAACGCCAGGACUGAGACGGGUUGUUCGGCAAAAUCACGACUCACUAAAGUACCGCAAGGACUGCCAUUCAGUUCGGCAACACUCAACCUGGAAUCUAAUUACAAAAAUAGUGGAUGUCAGUAAACAAUAACAACAAUUGUAUUGUGAAGGUGUCAAACAACGAACACAAAAGAGUUGACCAAAGAGCAAAAACUAUACAUUCAUAAGCAUAAUACUAGUAGUAGGAAACACUUCACAGCGACUCUGUGAAUCAAUAAAAAUUUUAUUAGUUAAUAAAAUCAGGGCUGCUUGAUAGAUAUCACAGCGACUUUGUGCUAACCGAUGCAGUCACUAACGAGAUGGCAACACUGCUGUAAUCACGAAAAUUGAAGCACAUCUUGUCACUACUCUUGACUCGUUGAGUUCGAUUACGAUGGCAGGAUAAGUGAUAAACGAAAAUUUUCUGCGCUCAGACCAGUCUCAGUUUUACUGCCGGAGUUCGACUAUCCGAGGUGGCCGGCGCCUACAAUUCACUAGAUACACCGCGUUCUGUAUCAUCUACGUUGUGCAUUCGAAUUUUGGUUCUCUCUUUGUGUCACUGAAGUUUGGACAUAGCGGAAUGACUGAGAAUGUCUGUCGGCUGUUAUUGUCAGAAAAGGCUGAACGCGACUUACUCAAGACACCUAGUCUGCCGUAGCGUUUGAUUCUACAGGAUUCUGGAGAUCCCAUGGGCCGUUCGAAUAGGGGGCAUAGUUGGAUAACAUUCAUACUGAGUGGUUCUUGGACUACCCGGGCAUUGUGGCCAAAUGGUUGGCUAUAUCAAGGAGGGUUUAGGAAGGGAAAGAGAAGUGCCAGAGGAAAGGAAGGGAACGACGUUUCGAACAAACGGUAUUCUUCAGGUUGUCCCCCUUUUAGUAUACCUGAAGAAGAUUGUUUGGUCGAAACGUCGUUCCCUUCCUUUCCUCUGGCACUUUUCUUUCCCUUCAUAUCCCUACUAAUAUACUAACAGUGCCCGGCAGAACCCCACAUCUUCAGAUAUCAAGGAGGUGCCAUAUCCAUACUCAGCAAUUAUAUGGGCCCCUGUUUUUUUUUUUUUUUUAAUGUCAUACAAUGGUGGAACACACUAAUCUUACAUUGUCUUCUGACCGGUUGGGCGGGUUUUUCAGGUGAUCGCCUGUGUGAAGAGUGUGCCGUACGCUUUCACUCUGUGGAGUCAUGAGGGCCUCUUUGUUCCUCCCUGUUGCUUGGCUUUCGGAUCUGUCAUGAGUAUACCCUCCCCUUUCUCUCACCAGAAUGCAGCGAUAUAUUGUGCUUUGUUUUGCAGUUGUGUUGAUGUUUUUUCUAGGCUGUAUUGAUCCCGUGUACCAUGGGCAAAAAUGAUGAACUUAGGAAUGAUAUAGAGCUUGAAGCUGGACUCACGUGCAGCAAGGUAACACUUUCUGCAGAUGGUCGAGUAUCUCAAAUGUGGUCUCGUCCUUCAUUUUAUAUAAGAAAGAGCAUCUUUUGAACAAUCGAUAGCCUGAAAGGAACUUCGAUGUUGACAAGGAACGCCAAGACGUUUUAAAGCAAAUCACAGGUAUCUAAAGUCAAGGGUAACAAAAAAAAAAAAAAAAACUCAUUUGAGCUUUGUGCUUAAUCCAUUUGUGUUCCUGGAGGGUCUGCUAAUGCGCAAAAUAUUGUAAACGCGAGUGCUAAACUACUAUGCUACAAAAACUCCAAGCGCUCGACAGGGAUGUCGUUUUACUAUGACUAUACAGAUGCAAGUCAGCAGAACAUCACGCAGUGUGUUGCUUCAAGAUAAAUGUGGCGUAUCAAAACUAAAACUCUUCAUUCACUUGUCUUGGCGGCGCAUAUGUGUUAGUUAGAAAGACUGACAUCUUUAGACGACACAUCCAACACGUGUUGUCCUUUCUGGCUAACGAUCGUCAAGAGAUGACAACACUGUCCCCAUUGCAUUGUCACACCGAGACUAUAGAUCGCAAAUAGUAGCAGAGCUGUUUGUACAUUUGUGCGUGACAGAUAAUAUAUAGGUUAAUAAAGUUUAUGUCGUAUUCUUUUUAUAA